GGAGUGCCCGCUGUUACUAAACCAAACACAUCGGCUGCUACUGGAGAGGACUUCGCCGUGAAUCAGACAGAAAUCAGGCAGACUGCAGUCACCCUCCACAGGAUGAGUGGCAUACGGACCAUCCUGAGUACCGUUGGGGUGGUGGUCGUGAUGGGGGUCGGCUUUGGGAUGUGGUCCUUGAUCGCUCCAGGAGAAGACAGGAGGAGAGAGCUGCUCAAGAAUCUGCCUGAGUCAAACCCGGUCCGAAUGGAAGAGACGAGGAGGAGGAAUGCUCUGGUGAUGCAGGUGCUGAAGGAAGCAGCUGAGACUAAUGACAACAUCGCAAGAAGAAUCGGAGGAUCUGGGAAAUAGACUGAUUUUCAUUUAUUGAUUACUGCUGGCAUUCAGGCCUACGACCUGUUUAAAUAAAGAUGGACAUUAUUAUUUUUUGUCUAA